GAUUCCCAACCUCCUUCAUGUCCUCCACAAUAUACAACCAUAGGAGCUUGCAACCUACGGUUCCACCUGCCCAAGGGCCAAACCAGCACAGUCAUGCCAGGCUUAACGAGGCCGUUGAUACCAUCCGUCAAGAAUUUGAUGUUAUCUCCUCUGACCUCGGUAUCCUUCGCAAUCAACGAGACGAGUAUGAAUCCAAAGUCACUUCACAAAUAAACGAGUUGAACAUCAUUCGCCAGUCACUGUAUGAGCUGGAAUCUCAACAUGGCAAGAUUCGACAGACAUAUGAAGAGGAGCUGAGUCGCCUCCGAGCAGAAUUGCAUGCACUUCGCCAGGGUGUGCCGGCAGGAGCUCCUCAUCCACCCGUCGGACCCACUUCAGUUGGUCCCUCUGGUCCACCCGCACCUCCGCCUGCAGUUCCCGGUGUGCCUCCUGGCCCCGGCUCAUACAACGAGCCUUACUACAGUCGAGAUCGAGAUCGCGAACGCGAGCGGGAAAAAGACCGCGAACGUGCUGAUCGCGAACGCGAACGCGAAAUACGUGAUCGACAACGUGAGGAGCGCGACCGAGAUCGCGAGCGUCCAUCCGUGGAUGGCGCUCGGGAUUCAAAGCGUAUCAAGACGGAGCGUAUGAAGAGUGAUAAUCGUCCAGAUCAUUAUAGUCCUUCACUUCAACCUCCGAAUGCGAAACUCCCCCCCGCACCUGGAGCACCUCCUGCUUUCCAAGGCCCAGGACUUCCACCACCACCAGUCGCCCAUGGACCAUAUCCACCUGGCCCUGGAAAUCCGCCACCUGCCGGUCCAGUAGAACCACCAGCAGCCAGCUCAAGCGCCCUUGUGCCUCUAAACAACACUCAAAGUGGUGGGGGGCAGUUUCCGGACGACCUCGACCCACACAAUGUUCCGCCCGAACUGAAAAAGGAAGGCAGUGACUGGUUCGCGGUAUUCAAUGGCAAAGUUAAGCGCGUGUUGGAUGUGUCGCUGGUGCACACGCUCAUGCACGAGAGUGUUGUUUGUUGCGUGCGGUUUUCUGCGGAUGGCAAGUAUCUCGCCACUGGCUGUAAUCGCACAGCCCAGAUAUAUGACACAAAAACGGGCGUAAAGACCUGUGUCCUUACAGAUGAAUCGGCUGGAAAGGCAGGUGACCUGUAUAUCAGAAGUGUUUGUUUUAGCCCCGACGGGAAGUAUCUUGCAACAGGCGCUGAAGAUAAGCAGAUCAGAAUAUGGGACAUUGCCAAGAAACGCAUUCGCAACGUUUUCGACGGACACCAGCAAGAGAUUUACUCGCUUGACUUUUCCUUAGAUGGCAGGCUUAUCGUCUCGGGAUCGGGCGAUAAGACAGCCCGUAUCUGGGACAUGGUUGAUGGGUCCUCUAAAGUGCUCACGAUCAAUGACGCCGACCCUGUCAACAACGAUGCAGGCGUGACCUCCGUCGCUAUCUCACCAAAUGGCCAACUCGUCGCGGCUGGCAGUCUUGACACCGUUGUACGCAUCUGGGACGUAGGAACGGGCUCGCUCAUCGAACGCUUGCGGGGUCAUAGGGACAGUGUCUACAGCGUUGCGUUCACGCCUGACGGAAAGGGACUCGUCAGUGGCAGCUUGGACAAGACGCUCAAAUACUGGGACGUUAGUGGUCUUCUCGCGAAACGCAAGGAGGCGGUUGCAAAUGGGAAGAAAGACGAUAAGGGCAGCCAGUGCACGAUGAAUUUCUUGGGUCACACUGAUUACGUGCUCUCCGUUGCCGUGUCGCAUGAUGGGCAGUGGGUUGUGUCAGGGUCCAAGGACCGCGGUGUCCAGUUCUGGGACUCGCACACCGCGACAACGCAGUGCAUGCUCCAAGGACACAAGAACUCUGUCAUCUCUAUUGAUUUGAGCCCUGCAGGCAGCAUCCUGGCUACGGGCAGUGGUGAUUGGCAGGCGCGGAUUUGGAGCUACACCAACAUCUAAUUCAUGCACUGAUGCGGAGUUCACUUACAUUCCCGCAGUACAGCGAUACACAUUCACGUUUAUAUGUAAUCGGUUUUCUUGCUUUAUCUGUGUACCGCAUGGCCUCCGUGCCCCAUCUUUGCUGUGUAUUCGGUGCUCCCGAUGUGGCUUCAGCGGGUUUCGGUGCUUCUGCUGUGAAUGGCUUAUAGGUAUCCGCAUCUUGUUAUUUUGUGUAGUGUACUUGUUGCUAGCCCUGUAGGCUGUUGUCUAAUACUACUGUUGGAACAUGCUAUGUAGGUUCUCUGGAGCGCGGAUACUGGUGGAGGUACAACCGCUUUAACCCCUUUCACUUGUGCUAAUCUAUGUAAAAAAAAAUUCUCCAGGCCUUCAUGAACACGAACUGUUGUCGUUAUGCUCAUCUCAUGCAUGUUGAACGCCAAGCCAAGCGUGUCACCCU